AUGGAACGGUAUCAGAAAAUGGAAAAAGUUGGUGAAGGCACCUACGGGGUGGUCUACAAGGCCAAAGACCGAGUCACUGGAGAAAUAAUCGCGUUGAAGAAAAUCCGUCUCGAAGCAGAGGACGAGGGUAUUCCAUCAACAGCGAUUCGCGAAAUCUCGCUUUUGAAAGAACUCCAGCAUCCCAAUAUUGUGAGAUUGUACGAUGUGGUUCAUACAGAGCGAAAGCUCACGCUUGUGUUUGAGUUCUUGGAUCAAGAUCUGAAAAAGUACCUCGAUGUUUGUGACUCUGGCCUGGGACUGCCCAUUAUGAAAAGUUUUUUGUAUCAAUUGGUUACAGGAGUUGCAUAUUGCCAUCACCAUCGAGUUCUACACCGAGACCUUAAGCCACCGAAUCUCCUGAUCAAUCGCGAAGGGCAACUGAAGUUGGCAGAUUUUGGCUUGGCGAGGGCAUUUGGGAUUCCUGUAAGGUCUUACACACACGAAGUCGUCACUCUGUGGUACCGUGCCCCAGACGUAUUGCUUGGAUCUAGAAAGUAUUCUACGCCGGUUGAUAUCUGGAGUGUGGGCUGCAUCUUUGCAGAAAUGGCAAAUGGAAGACCGUUGGUUGCGGGGACUUCCGAAACAGAUCAAUUGGAUCGAAUCUUUAGACUGUUUGGGACUCCAACCGCUGCGGAUUAUCCAGGUAUUGUCGAAUUACCUGAUUACUCAGCAGACCAAUUCCCACCAUACCCUCCACCGCGAGGUGGGCUUGCUAGUCUUGUUCCAACUCUGGAUGCAACAGGAGUUGACUUGCUAACAAAAAUGCUGCAGUACGACCCAAGCCGCCGUAUCACGGCGCAAGCUGCAUUGGAGCACCCAUUCUUUGCAGAGAUGAAGGGCCCAGCAAGGUAG